CAAACCUUGAAUCUUACAUGGCUCAUCUUUUAUCCAACCUAGAGGUGAUGCAAGCAAGACCGCGAACCAACGUUAUUGUAAAUUGCAUGUUUUGUUUUGAGCCAUGCCGUAUGCCAACCAGCCAACCGUGAAGAUCACAGAAUUGUCUGACGAAAAUGUCAAAUUUGUAAUUGAAAACACUGACCUGGCGGUUGCCAAUUCUAUUCGCCGUGUCUUUAUGUCGGAAGUUGCCACAAUAGCUAUAGAUUGGAUUCAGAUUGAUGCUAAUUCUUCUGUGCUCCAUGAUGAGUUUAUUGCACACAGAGUGGGGCUCAUCCCCCUCACUAGUGAUGACAUUGUGGACAAGAUGCAGUACUCCAGAGACUGUACCUGUGACGACUUCUGUCCAGAGUGCUCUGUGGAGCUGACACUGGACGUCCGCUGCACUGAGGACCAGACCCGCCAUGUCACCUCCCGGGACUUGCUUUCCAACAACCCCAGAGUCAUCCCAGUGACCUCAAGGAGUCGAGAUAAUGAUCCGAAUGACUACGUGGAACAGGACGACAUAAUCCUGGUGAAGCUUCGGAAGGGCCAGGAGCUACGUCUCAGAGCCUACGCUAAGAAGGGCUUCGGCAAGGAGCAUGCCAAAUGGAACCCCACAGCAGGGGUGUCCUUUGAGUAUGACCCUGACAAUGCACUGAGACACACCGUGUUCCCACGACCCGAGGAGUGGCCCAAGAGUGAGUACUCAGAGAUCGAGGAGGACGAGGUGGAGGCGCCGUAUGAUCCAAACGGCAAGCCAGAGAGGUUCUACUACAACGUGGAGUCGUGCGGCUCGCUGCGGCCGGAGACCAUCGUCAUGUCGGCGCUGGCCGUGCUGAAGAAGAAGCUGAGCGACUUGCAGACGCAGCUGAGCCACGAGAUCCAGAGUGACGUGCUCACCAUCAACUAGCACCAGACCCAGAGUGACGUGCUCACCAUCAACUAGCACCAGACCCAGUGACGUGCUCACCAUCAACUAGCACCAGACCCAGUGACGUGCUCACCAUCAACUAGCACCAGACCCAGUGACGUGCUCACCAUCAACUAGCACCAGACCCAGAGUGACGUGCUCACCAUCAACUAGCACCAGACCCAGAGUGACGUGCUCACCAUCAACUAGCACCAGACCCAGUGACGUGCUCACCAUCAACUAGCACCAGACCCAGAGUGACGUGCUCACCAUCAACUAGCACCAGACCCAGUGACGUGCUCACCAUCAACUAGCACCAGACCCAGAGUGACGUGCUCACCAUCAACUAGCACCAGACCCAGAGUGACGUGCUCACCAUCAACUAGCACCAGACCCAGAGUGACCUGCUCACCAUCAACUAGCACCAGACCCAGAGUGACCUGCUCACCAUCAACUAGCACUAGACCCAUGUCCAACUCACCUCCACUUACUUCAUGAUAUCCAACAAGACUGGACAGUGCUUGAUGGAUCUGGGUCUACAUUGCUACAGUACAGUCACAUGAUGACACUCUCUACUAGCCUAUGUAGUUCUGGAAAAAAUUUAACAAUAUUUGUAGGUCAUGCAUUCUGGUUGUAGCUGCACCUGUAAAAGCAUGUUUAUACAGGUCCAUUGCUCUCAUGUGUUUACCAUCCUGUUUUAGUCUUUGGGACAAUGCUUUUUUAAUAGUUUAUUUUGUGUAUAAAAAUGAAUGUUUUUUUUACAAUAAAUCAAUAUAAUUCAG